UCCUUAUCUCUGACAAUAGUUUACCUCAGAUGGGUGAGAAAACAACCAGAGGCCUACAGGAUGUUCCUGGCUCUUCUCCUGAUGAAAAUGAAUUUCCUUUUGGAUAUCCCACUAACAUUUGUGAAGAUGUGCCUGAUCAGAAGUACCUGUGCAGCAACUGCAAUAACAUCCUGAAGAAAGCCCUGCAGACGCUCUGUGGGCAUAGGUACUGCUCAGCCUGCCUCUCCUGGAUUGUGCGAAACAAUAAAAAUGUGAUUUGCCAGAAAUGUAAAGAGGAAGAUCCAAGCACUUUAAGUGAGGGAAGCCUGUUGGCAGAAGAAAGGGCUUUUGGUGAUGCUGCCAUUAAUAAAGAGAUUUCUGAACUCAAAGUACACUGUGCGACCCUUGGAUGCAGUUGGUCUGGUAUCAUGAAAAAUUUUGAAGAGCAUCAGAGUUUAUGUGAAUAUGCUUUAAUUCCUUGUCACACUGGUUGUGGACACAUGGUGAUGAGAAAGAAACUUGCGGAUCAUUUGGAAAAUGGAUGUGUUAAUAAUGUGACAAUGUGUCAGAAGUGUAAGCGGAGCUUAUCCAGUAGUGAAUACCAAGAACAUUCAUGUGAAGGCAAUUUAUGUAAGGAACAAAACCAUGUGCAAACAGACACACCAUCAAAGGAGAAGCAGAACCACUCUACACCCUUAAUCAGCAAGGAUGGAUGUCGCUUUUCUGAAGUCGGCUGUUCCUUCAGGGGAAGUAAAGAGAAGAUACAGGAGCAUGAAAAAGCUGCAGUUGGGGCCCACAUGCUGCUUUUGCUGCAGCACAUAAAGCAACUGAAGGCAAGCUUGUGCACUGCUGCCAAAGCUGCAAAUGGUUCCAUCCCACACUCAGAGCUGAAUGUGAAUGGUGCAGGAAAAAGCAUCUCUGAUCUGCAGAUCCCAGGGGGGCUGGAAAUCAGUGGGGAUCUGGAAGUAGACUGUUUUCCUGGAUCUUCUGUUUCUGAAGAUGAAUCUGUUCUGCAACAACUUGUGAGGGAGAAAGUGAUUUCUGAGCUAGAAAAUAAGCUACAUGUAUUUGAGAAUAUUGUGUCAGUGCUCAAUAAAGAGGUGGAGACCUCUAACUUGGAAAUCACGGCCUUUCGGAGACAGAGUGAACUCGAUCAAAAUAUAAUACGAGGCCUUGAACUGAAGAUUGCAGAGUUGCACCGGUGCCUGACGCAGAAGGAUGCAGGCCUGAGCAGUCUUCAUAAGAGUCUUCUGUUCUCUGAGCAAGCUUCCUAUGAUGGGGUCUUUCUGUGGAAAAUAACAGAUGUUGGCAGGAAGUUACAAGACUCUGUGACUGGAAGAACAGUCAGUUUGUAUUCACCGGCUUUCUACACGGCAAAGUAUGGCUACAAGGUCUGUCUGAGGGUUUAUCUGAACGGGGAUGGGACAGGAAAAGGAACCCACGUGUCCCUCUUCUUUGUUGUCAUGAAGGGAGACUACGAUGCUUUGCUGCCGUGGCCUUUCAGACACAAGGUUACGUUUAUGUUGCUUGACCAAAACAACAGGGAACAUAUUAUUGAUGCGUUUCGCCCAGACUUGACUUCUGCUUCGUUUCAGAGACCAGUGAAUGACAUGAAUGUUGCAAGUGGCUGCCCCAUGUUCCUCCCUUUGUCCAAAUUACAGUCGCCUAAAUACGCCUAUGUGAAAGAAGACACACUUUUCCUUAAAUGCAUUAUAGAAACAAAUUAGUAAGUCUUGAAAUAUGGGGGUCUGGUAAAUCACACGCUGAAUUUCAUUUGUUUACAAGAU